AUGAAUGAAUAAUAUUCCCUGCUCACUUUCCAUGACGCGCUAUUUUCGGGUCACAGGUGACGACGAAAUAGAAGUCCAAAUGUUUCGAUGGCCGAUGAGGCGAAGGAUCUCACUAAGAAUUCGGAAAACAAGCUCCGAGCGGCAACAGAGGUUUUCCAGCGUAAAUAUCGUUCUAUGUCCACUUACGGAGAGCAAGUCAUCGAUGAUGCCAACCGCUCAAAGAAAGCGCUGUUCUGCCUUCCGGAAGACAAUCCUCUAAGAUUCUAUUGCAAAAAGAUCGUCGAAUCCAAGAAGUUUGAAUAUUUUAUAUUACUGACAAUCGCCGUAAAUUGCGUUGUUCUGAUGUUAGAUGAACCGCUACCCAAUGGAGAUACAACUGAGCGAAAUGAACAACUGGAAAAAUCUGAGAAGUACUUCGUCAUAAUUUACUGCAUCGAGGCUGCAACGAAGAUCAUCGCCAGUGGAUUUCUUCUUCAUAAGGAUGCAUACUUGCGAAACGGCUGGAAUAUUUUGGAUUUUGUGGUGGUCGUUGUUGGGUUGGUGGGCAUGAUAUCAGAUCUCGAGAUCUCUGGUGGAAGUGACAGCAACAGCUUGAAAGAGUCGGAGUCGCUUAAAGUUCUGCGAGCGGUGCGAGUCUUGCGCCCACUUAAGAUCGUUUCUGGAAUACCAAGUCUUCAAGUAGUUAUGAAGUCAAUAGCAAGAGCCAUGAUCCCUCUGCUGCAGAUUUUGUUUUUGAUUUUAUUUGUUAUCGUAAUCUACGCCAUAAUAGGAUUAGAGCUUCUUAGAGGCAAGUUUCAGCUGACCUGUUACAAUACAACGACAGGUGAACUGGACCCUAAAUUCACCACCCCACGUGUCUGUAGUGAUCCAGAAAAUGUUGGCCGCCCCUGUGACACGGGUUUGAGCUGUGCAAAAAACGAAUCCGUUUGGAGAGGACCAAACAAAGGCAUUACAACAUUUGAUAAUAUCUUUCUAUCAAUGUUGACGGUAUUUCAGUGUAUCACAAUGGAAGGGUGGACUGAUAUUAUGUAUCAUAGUUACGAUGCAAGAGAUUAUCACACACGUGUGGUCACAUCAAUUAUUUAUAUAUCAUUAAUUAUCAUUGGCUCAUUCUUUAUGCUCAACUUAGUUCUUGGUGUCUUGAGUGGUGAGUUUGCAAAAGAGAGAGAAAGAGCCGAAAAUCGACGAACGUUUUUCAAGUAUCGCAGUCGAGAAAAAAUAGAAAGACAAGUCAAUGCGUACACAGACUGGAUAGGGAGGGCAGAGGACAUUAUUUUACGAGAGGAAAGAGAGAGACAUGGAGUAGGAGGAGGUGGUCCACGUGAUCCACUAAAGAAGCGUUAUAGUCUGUCAGACUCCAUCAUGCAUUUGAUAGAAGAUCACGGAGAAAUGGUCAAAUAUCUCAGAAAUAAAUCAGAAAACUGGUCUGAAAGUUCCAGCACAAUGCGGAAACUUAAAAAGAAGGAAAAGCUAUUUCGGAUCCAUGUCCGUCAAAUGGUUAAAAGUCAAGUAUUCUAUUGGUCAGUUAUUGUCUGUGUUUUCCUCAACACUGUACUUAUGUCUGUUGAACACUACGGGCAACCUGAUUGGUUGGAGAGAUUUCAAGCCAUUUCAGAGUACGUCUUCCUUAGCAUAUUUAUAGCCGAGAUGUUGUUAAAAAUGUAUGGCCUGGGACCCAGAGUUUAUUUCAAGUCUGCGUUUAACAGAUUUGAUUGUGCGGUUGUCCUAGGAGGAAUUGUCGAGAUAGUCGUACAAAAUAUUACAAGUUAUAGCUUUGGUAUCAGUGUUCUGCGAAGUCUUCGUCUUCUUAGAAUUUUCAAAUUUACAAGGUUUUGGGCAUCUUUGCGUAACUUUGUAACCUCGCUACUAAACAGCAUGCGAUCAAUCCUCAGUCUCAUCUUCCUUCUUCUCUUGUUCAUCUUUAUAUUCGCUCUUCUUGGAAUGCAGCUCUUUGGAGGAAAGUUCAGUGAACGUCAGGACGCUCCGCGCACCAACUUUGACAACUUCUUGAAAGCCAUGUUAGCUGUUUUUCAGAUUAUGACGGGAGAAGAUUGGAAUACUGUUAUGAAUGAUGGGAUAGUUGCAUCAGGAGGCCCGCAUAAGAUCUGGGGAGUAUUGUCAUCUUUGUACUUUGUUUCUCUGGUUAUACUUGGGAAUUACACGCUACUAAACGUGUUUUUAGCCAUAGCAGUGGAUAACUUAGCGAACGCUCAAGCGGUAACGCAAGAUGAAAAGGAAGAGCAACUACAGCUGGAGGCUAUGAGGAAGAAACGAAUGGAAAAACGUAGAGACGGGUGGGCCAAGGCCCGAACGAUCCCCGUCCUUAUAGGAUUAGGAAAAAUCAGCCAUAAUAAGAACGACAACGACAAUCCAUUUCGCAACAUGAAGCCAGUAUAUCCGUCUUUGGAUCAUGUUUCUCCAAGAGGCGCACGAUGGAACAAGAAGUCUGCGUUAAGGGUGAAGAUUUCUCAGGAUGGGAACGGCUGCCUUGGAGCAUCAAACGGAAAUUUUUUAAACGGUAACUCAAGGGAAAGAGGAAAUACAGACAGGGAUGAAGAGGGAGAUAUGGCAGAGCAAACCGUGCCUCGAAGGACGUUGCUCAGCUUGCGUGAUGCGGGAAGAAUCAUACGGAGGCGUAACGUGCACAAAAAUGUACCAAUCAUACGAAAGAGUUCCAUGUUUAUUUUUGGUCCUGAUAAUCCUAUUCGCCAAGCUUGCCAUUGGGUAGUCAAUCUCCGAUAUUUCGAUGACUUCAUUCUGGCAGUCAUUUUAGUCAGCAGCGUUUUGUUAGCAGUGGAAGACCCAGUCGACCCAGACGCACCGAGAAACAAGGUGAUCCGGUAUUUUGACUAUGGAAUCACUGGGAUUUUCGCUCUAGAAGUUCUCGUUAAGAUGGUCGACCUUGGAGUAAUCCUUCACAAAGGAUCUUACUUGAGGAGUGGUUGGAAUAUAAUCGAUGCCUUCGUAGUAGCCUGUAACAUCGCUGCCUUGCUGUUGGACAUUAGAAGCAGUGGUCGGGAUAACUUACAAAAAGACGCUAUCAAAUCUUUUCGUGUUUUGCGAGUGCUCAGACCCUUGAAGGCCAUUAACAAGUCAAAGAAACUGAAGGCUGUUUUUGAGUGUAUGAUGUACUCGCUAAAGAAUGUCCGCAAUAUCCUCCUCAUCACAUUACUGUUUUACUUCAUUUUUGCUGUGGUUGGCGUGCAACUGUUCAAGGGGAAAUUCUGGCACUGCACGGAUCGCUCCAAGAUGACACGUGAAACUUGUCAAGGAAACUAUUUCAAGUACAAUUUGGGCCUAAACAGUAAAAUUGGUCUGAAGAAUUUUGAGGUUUCACCAAGAGAGUGGAUGAAACACAAGUUUCACUUUGACAACGUGCCCAACGCCAUGUUGGCUCUGUUUUCUUCCUCCACCGGGGAGGGGUGGCCUCAAGGCAUGCAUAAUACUAUUGACGCGACGAAGGAGGAUCGUGGGCCAAUCAAAGACUACCAGAUACAGAUGUCCUUGUACUAUGUCUGCUUCGUUGUCGUUUUUUCUUUCUUCUUCUUGAAUAUGUUCGUAGCUUUAAUUAUCGUCACUUUCCAAGAACAAGGUGAGAAGGAGAUGGACGGCUGUGAGCUCGAUAGGAAUCAGCGAGACUGCAUUCAGUUUGCAAUGACAGCUAAACCAAGACAACGCUACAUGCCAGAAAACAGAAGCACGUGCUUUUAUAAAGUAUGGAAAGUUGUGGAUUCCAAACCAUUCGAGAUUCUGAUCAUGACCACGAUUGUCCUCAACGCGAUAGUUCUUAUGGUCUCGUAUGAUGGCGCUAGUCCUGGAUAUGAGAAGGUCCUCAACUAUUUGAACAAUGCAUUCACAUUUGUAUUCAUGUUAGAAGCUAUUUUGAAGUUAAUAGCAUUUAGACAGAAUUACUUCCGGGAUUUCUGGAAUGUGUUUGACUUCAUCAUUGGAAUCACAACUUUGGUCGAAGUGAUCCUAGAGUUCACCAAUUCGAAAGAGGACAACAAUGCACUCCCGAUAGACCCGAGUUUUUUCCGACUUUUUCGAGCUGCACGGCUGGUAAAACUACUCAGGCAAGGUUACACUAUAAGGAUACUGCUAUGGACCUUUCUUCAGUCCUUCAAGGCUCUCCCAUACGUGGUAAUCUUAAUCGGCAUGUUGUUUUUCGUCUAUGCUGUUAUUGGGAUGCAGUUAUUUGGUAGAAUUCGUUUGAGUGAAGACUGGAGCAGGCAAAUCAACCACCAUAAUAAUUUCAGGAGUUUCCUCAUGGCUCUUCAAGUUUUAUUCAGAGCAUCCACAGGCGAGAACUGGCAUAAAAUAAUGUUACAUUGUUUUGACGAUGCCAAGUGUGAUUCUGAUGAAAACAAAACAUGCGGCAGCACUGUUGCAUCAGUAAUCUACUUCUGCACUUUUUACUUCUUUUGCACGUUUCUGAUGUUAAAUCUUUUUGUAGCAGUCAUCAUGGACAACUUCGAGUAUCUGACACGUGACGAGUCGAUUCUUGGCCCUCAUCAUCUAGAUGAGUUUGUCAGAGUCUGGUCUGAGUACGAUCCUGGUGCCACGGGACGGAUACCACAUACUGAGGUUUAUCGCUUGAUGUGUGACAUGUCCCCCCCGGUCGGAUUCGGGCGGAAGUGUCCCAAGUUUAUUGCAUAUAAGCGCCUUAUUAAGAUGAACAUGCCGAUCAUGGGGGACAACACUGUGCUGUUCACUUCAACCUUAUUCGCACUCAUUAGAACAGCUCUCGGAAUAUUUAGCACAGGGGACCCAGCCUACGCCGACAACGAAUUGAGGAGGACAAUAAAGCGACUGUGGCCAAAAACUUCCAAAAAGAUCCUGGAAAAGAUGAUUCCACUGCAGUCAGUCUUGAGCUCCCAACAAAUGACUAUAGGAAAAAUCUACUGCGCAAAAUUGAUUUACGAAAACUAUAAACACAUGAAAAAGAAGCGUCUUGAAAAAAAGAAAAAGCGGCGGCCCUCGUUGUUUCGUCGCCUCGUAGGAGCUCUAAGAAAUGGAACCUCGUACUCUGACGAUGAAGAAGCUCACAUCGAUACUCCUCCCGAACAACUGACCAUCAGGAGGCGAUCAAAGACAUUAACAUCUCUUCCAUCAAUAAGUAAAGAAAAACAAGAAGUGUUAAAUUCCAAGCGGCGGAUGCAUCGCUCUUUAAAGUUCUUCAGCCGGAGGCCUUUUGGAAGAUCAGAUAGUUAUAGUGAAGAUGAAGAUUUUCGAGGGAUUGGCAGAGCAGUUCACUUUAAAGACGCCCCAAUGGACCUCACAGAUAUCAACCCAACCAUUAUCAGUACAGACACAGAGGACGAGGACCACGUGGACGGGGCAUGCCCGAAACUGAAAAGAAAGCCAUCAAAACUCAGCUUCAAAAAUCCAGUGGCACUGGAGGACGAGAUGGAGACAGAAAACUUUGAGAGUCCAUCGCGUUCUUCGACUGGACUUUCCUCCCCUCUCUCCCUACCCAUGGUGAGAAUAGAAGUGACGUCACCACAGUCAGGUAGUGCCCAGGAUCCUGCGGAGGACCCAGCGCCACAAGUAGCGCGCGAAAGACUAAUGGUUCUCGAUUUCCCGGAUGUUAUUAAAUCGGCGGAAAGUAGUCCUCGGCACUCAUUAAUACCACUAAGUGAGUUUUACGAGUCGCACCGAAGAACGUUAAAUGAUCGUCGAACGAGAGAAAUAAUCAAUCAAAUCAAUGCUGAAGUGGCGCAAGCUAUUGACAAAGGGCAAAGUCCGUAUUUUAUCUAUGGAAUAAUGGAUAACGACGAGGAGACCUGGUGCUGAGAGUUCAAAGUUGAAUGCAUCCGGGUUAGUCAUUGAGCACUGAGUUUUUCUGCGUGAAACGCAGCGUGCGUGAAGGAAAUAAUACGUUAGCUAUCAAGCUGACGGUAAAUUUCUAGUUCUGAGAAACGUGAUCACACAGAGCAGUUUAUCCAACAUGAUGCGAAACAGAAAGUCAGAAACAGAAAGCCAGCACAACUUUUUAAAGAGGAGACAGUUUCCGCUAGGGUUUUAUAUGUUCUGAGCAAUAAAACAAUUUCGGAAAUCUGUGGUGUUAUCACCAAUUGUUGAAAAUAUUACCUCCAUUACAAUAGAAUCAAAUUUUGGAAGUUAUUAAUUUAAUUUCUGCUUUUUCAUAAGUUAAUUUUUAUAACUUUAUUGUGUAUAAAAAUAUUGCAGGACAAAAGUUUUCCAUAAGGAAUUUAUAAAGUUAAAAGAUUACUCAUGAAUGCAUACGCUCGAUCAUAUCUCCAGCUCAUUUGCCUAAUCUUACGACAGAUUUACUAGGGAAACGUUUUGGUUUGAUUUUGAAGCUGAUGAAACUGUUUUAUAUCAGUGUUUUUCUUUUCUCUCUAACGCCAUGGCAGUCAAGUCUUGUAAUCACAUUUGUGGUAUUUUCAUUGAAAUAACUUUUUCAUUCCCAAGACCGACAUAUCAACUUCUUGCACUGAUGCUGUAUAUCUCCUAUAAUUUGGUUUUUCAUCAUAAACACACCUAGGUUAAUACUUGUCUUUUUCUCUAACUUAUUUUCUCGAAUAUAUUUCAUGUUUUAAGGAGGAAUUCAUCUUAAGUUACUCCUGGAAUGAAAAGGUUGCAAAACAAAUCCAUUCCCGUCACUUCCAAAAAGUCCUUUUUUAAAUAUGCUGUAAAUUUUAGCACAUAUGUAGUCCAAUACUCCUUCCUUGAUAAGUUUCUUUCUUCUCACCACUUGUCAAUAUUUUGGCAUUGUUAGGAGAAAUUGCUCAUUUGUCACUUUUAGAGUGAUCAGGAUCACUGACGUAAUUUUAACUUUAUCGCGUAAGGUAUGUUUACUUAUUCGCCCGACAAGUCUAACUAUUUGAAGACAUUUCUGAAUACUUGUUUUAUUUGUAAAAUCGAAACUGAAGACUGUUAGCAAUUACUCUGUAUUUCUCUUUUCUUGAUCCACCACACGUGACAUUUGUCUUCUUCUAUACAACAUAUGCUAAGGCAUACACAAGAAUAACCGCGUUUUGUAAAACAAAUAUAUUGAUAUUAAAAAUUGAUUUUCUAUUGAAUCGCUGAGUCGCCUAUUGUAAUAAUCACUUAAGCGUGUUUUUUUAGGCU